AAGGACAGUCUGCCUGGUCGCAGGGGAGAGGGGGGCCGUGUUGGUUAUUUAAGUAUCGCACCACGGGAUUGGAGGGCCAGAGGAGUGCUGGAGGGAUCAGAGGGACUGGGAUUGUCUGGGUUAUACUGCAGGGCUGGACUGAGAUACUGGUGGGUUACACUGGGACAGAAGAACCAGGCUAACACCGGUCUGCUGUACUGGGAGAGAAGUCUGGACUAUAUUAUUGAGAGAGUACUACUACUGCGAGACUGGAUUAGACAAGGACUGGACUAGACUGGACUGAGAAGUGUCUGCUACUGGGACUGGACCUGGGAAGGUCAUUCGACUGUACCUGAUGAUCUGAGUCCCGAGGAGAAACAGGAGUUGGAGAGCAUCCGCCGCAGGAAACAAGAACUACUGCAGGACAUACAGGUCACAUACACAGAAGGCUGAAGGAUGAGAUAGCAGAAGUGCCGAAUGAAAUUGACAACCUGGGCAUUACCAAAGAGAGGAAAAGCAUGCAGAGAAACAAGCAGGUGUCCAUGGGGUGCAAGAAGUUCAACAUGGACCCCAAGAAGGGGAUCCGGUUUUUGAUUGACAGCGGUCUGCUGAAGAACACCAGCGACGUCAUUGCCCAGUUCCUCUAUAAAGGGGAGGGGCUAAACAAGACUGCCAUCGGAGACUAUCUGGGGGAGAGAGAGGAUUUCAAUCUUGAGGUUCUACAAGCCUUUGUGGAGCUGCAUGAGUUUAAUGACCUUAACCUGGUCCAGGCCCUCAGGCAGUUCCUGUGGAGUUUCCGGUUGCCAGGUGAAGCCCAGAAGAUCGACCGCAUGAUGGAGGCGUUCGCCCAGCGAUACUGUCACUGUAACCCUGGAGUCUUCCAGCACAGCGAUACGUGUUAUGUGUUGUCGUUUGCUGUGAUCAUGCUGAACACCAGUCUCCAUAACCCCAAUGUGAAGGACAAACCCUCCCACCAGAGAUUCACUGCCAUGAACAGAGGAAUCAACGAUGGCGGAGACUUACCUGAGGACCUACUCAGGAACCUGUAUGAGAGUAUAAAGAAUGAACCCUUUAAGAUCCCAGAGGAUGAUGGGAACGACCUCACACACACUUUUUUCAACCCCGACCGGGAGGGCUGGCUGCUCAAACUAGGAGGAGGGCGUGUGAAGACGUGGAAGAGACGAUGGUUCAUCCUCACAGACAACUGCCUGUACUACUUUGAGUACACUACUGAUAAGGAGCCUAGGGGUAUCAUCCCUCUGGAGAAUCUUAGUAUUAGAGAGGUGGACGACUCUAAGAAACCAAACUGUUUUGAGCUGUUCAUCCCGGACCACAAGGAUCAGGUGAUCAAGGCGUGUAAGACCGAGGCGGACGGACGCGUUGUCCAGGGCAACCACACCUUCUAUCGAAUCUCCGCCCCCACAGCCGAGGAGAAGGAGGAAUGGAUCAUCAGCAUCAAAAAAGCCAUCAGCAGGGACCCCUUCUACGAGAUGCUGGCAGCCCGGAAGAAGAAGGUGUCGGCUCUGACUAGCCUGUAGGAAAGACCCAUGCUCCAGCACUUCAGCAGGAGAAGCAGGCCUCACUCUACUCUAUAGCCCAGUGUCUAUGGACAAUGGACCUGAACUGAAGGACCCAUGGAACUGUGUACAUAAGAAAGCAGUCUGAAAGGUAGAAGCUGUCAUCAUAUUGAUUACAUGUUGCUUUCUUCAGAUUCACAAACACUGGAGGGGAAGGAUUUUGAAGGGGCACGGGUUUGGGAUGGAGAUCAGGAUGCAGAGAGGAUUGGACCUCCUCCUUCAGCGCCCUCUACAGGAAGUUACAUAAUGCAAUAUUUUGCUUUGGGAUAAAAUGAACAGAGGAAGGCGACAUUAACCUCUUUUUACACAAACCUCUUCUUCUCAUAGUGCUGUCGUUACUACAGACCAUAAUCUCUUUCUGAAUGGUUCCCAUAACGAACCACCACUGUUUCUCUCUCUCUCUCUCUCUCUCUCUCUCUCUCUCUCUCGCUGUCUCUCUCUCUCUCUCUCUCUCACU